AUGUAUUUACCUGUAUCUUUGAGCGAUCUCAGCAACGUAGAAUUGCACGUUUUUUCUGAUGCAUCAGAAAAAGCCAUUGCAGCUGCCGCAUAUCUAAAAGUCGUAGAUGCAGACAACAAUACCUACCUUGGAUUCAUUCUAGGCAAGUCCAAAUUAGCGCCAGUCAAAGGACAUACUAUUCCCAGAUUAGAAUUGUGUGGAGCCGUCCUUGCAUCAGAAAUUGGGAAUAGUGUAUUAGAACAGUUAGACAUGAAACCUAGUGUGGUGAAGUACUAUACAGACAGUAAAGUUGUUCUGGGAUACCUUUAUAAUGAGACAAAACGAUUCUACACGUAUGUGUCAAAUCAUGUGUGCAAAAUACUGAAAAGAUCUUCUGCUGAUCAGUGGAGUUACGUACCAUCUAGCAAAAAUCCAGCAGACUGUGCUACACGAGAAAAUACUUCAUGUGAACAACUUACAAGCAGGAAUGGCUACAAGGACCUCGAUGGCUUUUAG